UUUGCCAACUCAGACAAAAUGGAAACACUUCACUUCUUUUUGUUUUUCAUUGCUUUCACGUUAUGCACUGCAGAUCAUUACGAUCUACCUGAGGGGUCGGAGGCCGUGAUGACUUCAAAAUACCCAGGUUAUUUCAAAACCGCAAGAGAAAUCAAAGCAUUGAAAGCUGAAUAUAAAAAGGCGCAAUCCAUGAAAGGACAGGAACAAGUGGGCUCGCAAGUGUGUUAUCAUGGCUGUUGUACAAGUGAAUACGACUACGUUAUUUUCGACACGCUAAAAGACAUCCGGAAUAACAUUGUUACUUUGGUCAAGUUCUCAGAGAGGGCUCAAUAUUUCUAUACAGAAACAUGCACGCAAAGUCCCAGAUGUCUGUUCAAUUGCCAAUGUCAUAUGGUUUAUAUACUGGAGGAGGCAGUUGUCUACAGUAAGGUAUACGGGGAUCUAGCAACACUGACGUAUGUCUGGGUCCCAGCCUUUUGUCGAUGUUACAAUCACGGAGGUGUCAGACAACAAGAGGAGACUUUUGCUUCUCCCGACACCAUUUCAAGAAACGAACUUUAGUGGAUGUGUUGUUGUUGUUGUGAUUUUUUUGUGGUGCUUUCUGGUAUUUUUUAUAUAUCUUUUUGUAGUGUUCGACCUUGCACGACAAUAUAUUACUACAUAGCCAACACAUACUAACUUUAAAAAUGCAGACACAAUUGUUCCCACGCCAUCAAUCUAACUUUCCAAUAAAACCCGAACAAGACACAUAAACA